CGUUUGCAAUCACUCCGCGACUUAACUUCUGCGCGCACGGUCGCGUCCAUCCAUCGUCCGUUCGUUAAUCUUAACUAAAUAAUAACGCUCGCUUAUAAGCCGCUAUUAUCAUCGGCCGAUGGGCCAGUCGCAAUCUGGACUGUGCUGGAACACAUUGUUACAAACGACUUGCAAACAAACUGUGUCCAGUGACACAAAAACAGCCAUUAUUCAGUGUUUGAAACUGUUUGAAGAGUGACCAACAACAUUCAGCGCCAACUACAACUAUCAAAAGAGAAUAAACACAGUUGAUACUAACUAAAUCAUGAUGUGAUAAUGUUGUCGUAUUUAUAAAUUGAAUAUUUUUACAUAUUCAAGUGGAAAACAACUUUUUAAAACGAAGCUUCAACUAAACAUCACGAAUGCCCCGGUGUUCCUUAAAAAGUAUUUAAUCAAAGUUUUGAGAGUGAUUUGGAUUCACUCACGCAAGUUCCAUCAAGAUGGCGACGUUCCGAGAGUGGCUGAUUGUGCCAAUCAUCAAAGAUUUCAAGCAGAAAGAACUCCUGCCUGUCAAAAUCUUAUUUUUUGUUCACAUGUCCACCAUCUUGGUUUUAUAUCCAUAUCUAACCAUACACAUGCGAGAAUUAGGAAUAAACGUCGAAGAAACGGCAGUUAUGUCAUCGUUAACGCCUGUUGUCGGGAUCUUAAUGCCGCCUUUAGCUGGACUCAUCGCUGAUAAAAUCGGCAAUUUCAAGAUAAUGCUAACGUUAUUUUCGGUAUGCAGUGGUCUUUCCGCUUUGUUGCUGUUGACGAUACCGAUCGGAAGAGUUACAGUGACAUAUCCAGACCGAGUUGUCCUUGGCAUGUCGUGCAACGCUCAAAAUCCACUUAUUCUCUCAUUAUAUGAAGAAUAUCCAUGUGAAAACGAUGCAAACAUGGCUUUUACAUCCGAAAUCUCGGUGGAAUCAUGUGGAUAUGUCUGUCAAGCGUACGUGGACACUGCUGAUGGCGACGCCAUUUUGCGUGCGCAGUAUUACGAUAUCAUGAUGCACAAUAUCAAAGAAAACAAGACUUCAUCGGUGAAAGUUAUGCAUCCAACAUUACGAAAUGUAAACAUGACAAAUCCACCAAAAUAUAAAAUUGAUGAUGAUAUAAAGAAUCAUAUGAAGUUACAAAAUGACGAGAGGUACACGACUGUUGUGAGAAGAUACUCGAAACAUUCGUAUUACUUUCCGGCGACGGCCAUGUUUAAUUUUAGCUGUGCAUUAACCAAACCUGACGGCUCGUCGAAAGAUGAUUCUUAUAAUCAUACGAAUGCAGAACACGGUUUUGAUUUACCCGUUGAAAACUACGAGUGUAAAUAUAGCACGAAAAAUGUCCUACGUUCAUUUGUUGCUGGGAUAAAAGAAGGAAACAAAUCUGAUGAUGAUAUGAAUGAGUUACGAGAAAUGUUCCAAGUGAGAUAUUUGAAUUUACCUCAAGGUAAACACAAUGCAUACUGUGCUGAAGGUUAUGGCCAAAACAAAGAAUAUCUGUCUGUGCGUGUAGACUUAUCAAAAGAAAACACUACUGACAUCUACCGGACAAUAGAUUUGGGUACAUGUGCUCCCAGAUGCAUAGCAAGUGCACCCAGAGAGAAAUUUUGCAAGAACUCAAAGAGAGUCAUUGAAAAAGAUGUCAAUUUGACAUUCUGGACAUACCUGGGAGUAAGGGUUUUCAUUGGAAUCAUUGGUGGUACCGCAUACACUAUGUUUGAAGGAGCUGUCAUCGCCAUUUUGAGAGAGUACAAAGCAGACUAUGGUUUACAAAGAAUGUACGCUCAACUUGGUGGUAUGAUUAGCUCACCCCUGAGUGGAUUAUUGAUUGAUUAUGCUAGUGAAGGCAAAGGAUAUACUGAUUUCAGACCUAUAUUCUUUUUAUACUGUGGGUUGAAGGUUACCAGCGCUGUGUUAAUGUUGUUCAUUAAUUUAGAGUUCAAAACACCUGCCAGUAGUGUUGUGGCAGAUGUAAAAUCUGUGAUAAAAGUCGAAUUGGUUUCGUUAUUUGUUGCUGCAUUCUUAUUAGGUGCUGCAUGGGGUUAUAUCGAAAGUUACCUAUUUUGGUUGCUGGAUGAUUUAGGAGGUACCAAAUCUCUUAUGGGACUUACCAUAACUGUUGGUGGGAUAUUGGGUAUUCCCUUACUGGCAUUCUCCGGGCCACUAAUCAAAAAGUUUGGUCAUGCCAAUAUUAUUUUCAUCGGAUUCCUCGCGUAUGCUGUAAGGUUAUAUGGCUAUUCAAUCAUUUACAAUCCAUGGUAUUCACUGAUAUUCGAAGCAAUGGAAUGUCUUACUCACUCGUUGUGUUUCACUGCACUGAUAACAUACGCAGCGAAGUUAUCAUCCGUCACAACAGACACAACAAUCCAAGGAAUAAUCGGCGGGCUAUUUUAUGGAGUUGGUAAAAGUGGGGGUAGUCUGGUUGGAGGAUACUUGAUUAAAUUCUAUGGAAUGCGUGCCACUUUCCAAAUGUUUGCUGCCACUACCUUCCUAACAGCAUUCUUAUAUUUUGCUUUCUUCCAUCUUUAUAUGAAGUCCAGGACGGAUCUUCGGAAAGAAAAAGAAGACGAAAUUGAAGAAAAGGACACUAAAGCCAAUGGAAUUAGUGAAUUGAACAAAGGAUUACCUGAUAAAGAUAAAGAUAAAGAUGAUAAAACACACACGAAUCAAGCUUUUGAAGAAACGGAAAUGAAAACUAAAACAGAAACGGAUAAUAAUGCUAAUGUAAAUAAAGAGAAACCGGAUGUGAAUGGAAUAGUUUAAAGUUGAACCUGUGUGACAUACGUAAAUAUAUCGUGAUGACUGAUAUUUUCGACAAUUAAAAGGUUUUUGUAUAUAUCUAAUCUAAUCUGUUAGUUAUUAUUGUUAGUAGAUAUAGUAAUACAUAUUUAUUUCCGGUGGGCGCCAUCUUGUCAACUGAAUAAACUCCUUCCAUUCAA